CUGAAAAUAAAUCUCCAAAAUUUUUUGUGAUUUUAUUUUUGUUCUUGAAUUUUGAUUUGCUCAAAAAAAUAAAUCACCGCAUUAAGGUGUCAAUUGCAAAGUAUUGCAUUGAAAACCACACAACACUGGAAAUGCAAAAGGUUUGCAUUUUAUGACUGAGCAUCAGCCCACACACAGAAAAAUCGAGUUUCACUUUCACGGGAAAAAAAUCCGCGAUUUUUGUGCUCCCUGAGUUCUUGCCUUUAUUUUACACAGUAGAAUUAAGAAAGUUUUGAAUAAACUAAGGCCAACAUUAUAGCAAUUAAGUCAGUGUCAAUAGAUCAAGAAUAUGUCAAGACGACCACGUCCAAGUUUACCUAAAAUUGGUCUUCAAGAAGCGGCUCAGCCUCCAAUUCAAGCGCUGGCGCCACCAAGGAAUCUGGAUACAAGAGCCACCAUAACAAUCGAGGAUAAAACGUUUGAAGUUCAAGCAGAUGACUUAGAAAAGAUUGCAGAUUUAGGUCGAGGUGCUUAUGGAGUUGUUGAAAAGAUGCGACACAUUAGAACUGGCACUGUAAUGGCAGUAAAGCGAAUAACAGCAACUGUUAACACACAAGAGCAAAAACGUUUGCUUAUGGAUCUCGACAUUUCGAUGCGUUCAAGUGACUGUCCAUUCACUGUACAUUUUUAUGGUGCGCUCUUUCGUGAAGGAGAUGUUUGGAUAUGUAUGGAAGUAAUGGAAUGUAGUUUGGACAAAUUUUAUCCUAUUGUUUUCAAAGAUGAACGAAAAAUGCCAGAAGAUUUUCUGGGCAAAAUUGCAGUUGCUGUUGUUAAAGCACUUCAUUAUCUACACUCAGCAUUGAAAGUUAUUCACAGAGACGUCAAGCCUUCAAAUAUACUUAUCAAUCGGCGUGGUGAAGUUAAAAUGUGUGAUUUCGGUAUUUCCGGAUAUUUAGUCGAUUCAGUAGCGAAAACAAUCGACGCUGGAUGCAAACCAUAUAUGGCACCAGAACGUAUAGAUCCACAAGGUACCGGCGUCUCCAACUAUGACAUCAGAAGUGAUGUAUGGUCAUUAGGUAUCAGUAUGAUUGAAAUGGCUACAGGGAAAUUUCCCUACGCAACCUGGCGAUCACCUUUCGAACAAUUAAAGCAAGUUGUAACUGAAGAUUCUCCAUCGUUACCAACUGGCGAGUUCUCCGAAUCUUUUGAAAAACUCAUCUCUGUGUGUCUUCAAAAAGACGUUAAUCGUCGUCCAAAUUAUGAACAACUUCUUACCAAUGAUUUUAUCGUCGAGCAUACAAAAAAAGAAACUGACGUCACGAAAUUCGUCGAAGAAAUUUUGGCGCUCAAAAAAUAAAUAAAGUCAUGCCAGCCAGUGAAAUUGUGUACAUAAUUCUACGUAAUCAUUUUGCUUUACCAUGUAAUCAUUUAUUUUUGUUUCGUCUCCUAUUGAGUCUUGUUUGAUAAAACCUUUCCUUUGAUGAAAAUAAAGAAAAACAAUUAAAAAUAUUUAUGUCUGAAAUUUUC